AUGAGUUUGUUUUUCACUGGCUUGGGUCGUGCGUCAAGUAAAGAGGGAAGGGAUGCGAUGCUGAUAAGCGACAUGGACGUAUCUAGGUUGAUAGUUUAUGUGCAGCAGGUCAAAGAGGAGAAACUGAGGGAUAAAAGCAAGAAAUCUAAGACUGGGAAUGAGUCUGUACACCAGAAAUAUGGUAUGAAUUGGCCACAAUUUCACAAACAAAAGGGGUCUGCACCAUCAUCUACUAGUGUGCCUGCACCCAGAAACAAAGGAAACAGAGCCCAAUCUUCAUCAGUUGCUCCACCAGAAAGGGCUUCACUAGAGGAGCUAUUUUUGGUACUGGCGGAGGGGGAAAAUCGCCUCUAUGCAAUCACUAGCCUCCAAGAGCAAGAGAACUCUCCAGAUAUUGUCACUAGUAUAAUCAAAGUCUUUACUUUUGGCGUUUAG